AUGGGCAACUCAUCAUCGUCCACUGCCGAAGUCUUCACCUCCAAGGCUUCAGCAAAGCACAUCCAUACCUCGCCCCUUGGCCUAUUUACCACAUACAAGGAAAAGGAUGGCAUCUUCCUGGCGGGAAAGCUGUUCAUCCUGUGGGCUGCUGACGAUCGUAUCGUUGCCCCCUCGCUGUCACCCAAGGACGAACGCCCGCUGUUUGGCAUGCUGAUCUUGCUCGAGGCCGCAGCAUCGCCUGCCAUGUCGCUUGAGGCUGCGCGAAGGAUCGUCGACGUUGCCGGGCGUUCCAUGCCUGGGCCGGACGUCCCGCUUCACAUUCUCAUCGAGGCCGAGUUGUACGAUGUGCUGGCGGCAGUGAUGACCCAUCGUCAUGCGCCGCAUAUGUACUGGUCGGACGAUGCGCCAGAGAUCGUGACGGUCUCGGACGGCAUGGGGGCGAGCUCGUCGAGCCAAGCCAAGAAGCGAUCCAAGAAGGAGCUCAAGGGCAAGAAGAAGCAGGCCAAGAAAGGCCGCGUGGGAUACAUUGAUCUGAAGCUAGACAGGGAGGACUCGCGGAACAUGCUCCCGCUGCAGCUGGCUGUCAUGCGCGAGGCCGUGCCCGCGCUCGACGCGCUGCUCGCCGGCGGCGCCAACAUCAGCGCGGCGAACAGCACCGGUGAGACCGCACUGCACAUGGCUGCGAGCACGCGACGCGUUGUUUCGAUGGUAUCACUCUUGCUUGACCGCGGCGCGUCGCUGGAGAGCCGCAACGCGGUUGGAAACACGCCGUUGAUGUGUGCGCUCGAGACCGGCAACGCCAGCGCAGGAAGGUUAAUCUUCGAGGCUGGCGGGCCGGCGCUGCUGGCGUCGACCAACUCGAUCGGGCUGAGACCACUGCAUGUGGCCGCCCUCUCGGGCUCGGUCGACGUGCUUAACAUGGUGCUGGACGCCGGGUGUGAUCCCAAUGCACCGGCAACCGGAGAGUGCGAGGGGCUGACUCCCCUGCAGGUCAUGGUGGCACCUAGCAUGUACAUGGGGGGCUCGUCCUCGUUCUCACUUUCUGUCGCGAGGCAACUGCUUGCCCGUGGCGCCGAGGUGGCGAUCGUCGCUGGCGAGGCGUCGUCGAAGGGCAUUGUACCGACAGUCGAGGGCGAUACGCUGGCACAUCUCGCGGUGCGGGUGUCGAACCUGCCGGCGCUCCGCUGGCUCCUUGUCGACUACCCGGGCUUGUUCACAAUGGUCAACUCGCUCGCGCAGGUCCCCCUUCAUGCUGCGGUCGAGGGUGGGCGAACUGAUGCCGUUUGGGUUCUCUGUGCCAUCCCGCUCGACCAGGACGUCGGCCUCCAUGUUGUGGACGCCAACGGCAAUACCCCAGGUGCGAUCGCCCUCGCUCGCGACGACAUGCGCAUGAUGUACCACAUCCAAACGCGCCACAUUGCGCUACUCGAUGCGCAGCUCAGCGAGCUUCGUGUCACGUCGCUUGUCAGUCACACUCCUGUGGCUCCCUCGGUUCCGGCGGCGUCGUCGGCCUCGGCCUCGGCGUCCCCAUCGGCCCCUUCGUUAAGCCUGGUCGCCCUUCACGCCGACCGCGACCACGCCCUUGUCCGCGUCUCGGCUCUUGAGCGCGAGCUGGCGGCGGCGCAAGCCGAGCUCGAGGCUCUCCGCUCAGACGCGGCUGCUGCGCGAGGUGCCUCGUCGGCGCUUGCGCUUGACGCCAUGUCUGAGGAGCAGGCUCGCGCGCUGACCUGCUGCAUCUGUCUCGACGACAUGGUGGGCAUGGCGUUUGUGCCGUGCGGGCAUGUCUGCUGUUGCAUCGAGUGCGCCGCCACUGUUUCGGACUGUCCCAUGUGUCGCACAGGUAUCUCGUCGCGGCUCCAAGUCUAUCUCAAUUGAAGAGCCACCGACACCA